CUGUGUUAUUUACAUAUUUCUGAUUAGCUCGGAUGGAAGGUUUAUUUUGCAAAAUGUCAGCUAGGGAGGGAAGUGAAAUUGGAAUUGCAAAGCAGAGCACUCCGCUGGUUCAAUGCAAGAGACAUUGUGGUGGAGUAAGAAAGCAAAGGAGACACUCGAAUAGGAAAUUGAAGAGGAAACUAAAAGCUGCGAUCGAGCGUCUGAGGGCGGAGAUGGUGGAGAUUGGGGAGGAACAACGAUGCAUAAAAGAAGGGCAGAGUCAAGUGAGGAAGAAGUACGAGGAGAUUGAGGCAGAGCGAGACCAACUCAAGAGGGAAGCAGAUGUCAUUGCGAAGCAAAGUGCGAGCAUUCAAGUGCGUCUGAAUCUGAUGUUCGCUAUCUCGAAAGCAAGGACACAAAAUGAUUCUGUUGUGGUAGCCCAACUUACACAAUCACUACGUGAUUUAUUAGUGAAGCAGAAUGAGCCAAUGCAGUGACUACUGAGUGAUGUUACAGUUAAUAAUAUGCACUACUUUUCAGUUGAUUAUAUCAAAUUUUAAGUACUAAUGUCAUUUGGGUUGUUCUUGCACUCUUUCCAUCAAAUAUUAUUGUAAUCCCAAUUCAAACAAGCUUUUAAUGCUAUCCCUAUCAUUUGUAUCUGUUG